UUCCCUUACCCCACUCUUCUAUCUCUCUCUAACUCUAUUCCCUUCAACAUUUAAAAUUUAAAAAGUUCGAUUUUAAUCCCAAAACCUAAUCUUUAGCUUUAUUCCCUAAAACCCAACCCUAAAAACACUUUGUAUUUAUUUAGAAUAAUAUUGUUACUGAUUUUAAACGCAUAAACUGCCCCCACAUAGUCACUAGGAAGCAGGAUCUAACACACAAAUUGAAUAACCCUCACAUAGCCACUAGGAAGCGGGAUCAAACACCAUUAAACAGGCAAGGAGGGAGGAACAAUUACGUCACGUUGGCCACGCCCACUUGACCCUAUAAAAGCCGACAGAGAGCUUGGAGGGCAUAACACAUAGCCAGGCACGCAGAGAGGUUGCAUCUCGAAGUAGCUCUACUAUAUUUCUCUCACACACGUUAGAUACUAUUCCCUCCCUUAGAUUUCAUAGUUAUCAUUCCAAAAUGACCAACGAAGGCGAAGGACAACUCUGGGAAAAUGUCUUUUGCUCCCCUUUUCCGGUUCGAACCCUCUUCCUCCGAGCUCACCCUUCGCCCCUCUGAUGCCGCUGACGCAGUGGCAAGCAAACGCCAGGCCUCUACCACUGGGUCUCAGGUGAAGAGGGGUGAUGUGGUUCGAGCCGAGGCGAGGGCCAGAGCCCUGCAGAAGGGUGGCAUGUCGGGCGAGUUUGUGCUGGCGGAGAGCGAGGUGCAGUUUGGCCUGUACCGCGGCCAAACUUUCCAGUGGCUGCUGGGAAAUGCGGUGGGGUACGCCGUCACCAUCUUGGUGUCCCACCAGAUGGAGAGAGAGGGAGGAGACACCAGCAAGUCGCCCCUCAUGGAGAACAAGGACGCCCUCGCCUCCUACGCCGGGCUGUUCCCACCCAUGGUGACGGCCGUCGCCAGGCGUAGGUUGUGCGAGGGCUCCGGGUCUUCCAGGGGGCUGGACGACGCGCUGGUGGGGUUCGGGGUGCAUUCACACCGGACCUACAAGUCCCUGUAUGGCGCGCGGGACCAAGAGAGUCGAACCUAUGUGGCUUGGGUCAGGACCCAGAAGGUGGGAGCUACUGCGUCAAGGAUGGGGACCCUGAAGCAGUAUGUGCUGGCCCGGGACGCUGAGCCCACAGCAGCACCGGAGCCAGGACAUGUCCUCCCACGGCCAGGUGUCUCCUACUCUGACCCGACCGACGCCGAACUGCUCGCCGCUGCCAACGAGGUCGACCCUCCCAGCACGUCCAGGGACGCCCCGCCGGCCGCGGCCCCGCUGGAAGGACCAGCACCAGGUCCAGGACCAGGACCGAUGGCCACGAGGCCUGCCUCCGGCAAAGAGCUGCUUCCCCUCAGCUGGAGGAAGACGCUGCCUGAGGAGCAGCAGGAGUGGGUGGGCCGGGCGCUGUUCCGCAGGGACCCCAGCAGCGGGAAGGCUGUGCUCACCACACCGCCCCGACUGUGGUGGUACCCGCCAGGCGCCCGGCUCCUCUACACUCAGCCCCCCGCCACAGCCCACGCCUUCUUCCAGCGCCCCUUCUUCCUCUGGCUUCCGUACCGGAUGUGGGCGUACCACCUCAAGUGCCCCGCCGAUGGGGGUAAGCUGAUGGGCGCUGGCCUAUACAAGACCGUGCGGAGGGUCUUGGACAGGAGCGGGUGGUAUUAUAUGGCCACAGAGUGCCUUCAGUGCCCCUCCUGCGGCAAGAAGGUGGCGGGCUGGUCCCAGGACAUCCUGGAGCAGCUGGACGUUGCUCACCGCGAGCAAUUCCCGGCCGUUCUUACCUACAAGUUGUCCUGCGACAGGGCGGUGAUAGCCAUGCUCAAGGAGCGCACCUUGGGCAACGGCGUCUCUCGCCUCCGUGCCUCCCUGGUGGAGCAGCACUCCAGGGACUGGAUGCAGCGCUCCAUCGCCUACCUGUCUGUGCUCCGCAAGCUGAGGGGACCCGGAGCGGCCCGGAAGGACGACGUGUCCCUGCCGACCUUCGUCAAGGUGCCCGGGCUCACCUGGUUUGGUCGGGUGUACGUGCUGGAGGCCGUGACCAGGCUGGACGAGACCAAGGCCAGGGUGACGUCGAUCUUCGGCGACAUCCUAAAGAUGGACUCCACCAAGAAGAUCGCCAAAAAGCUCGCGGGCGCCGCCGCCGGGUCUGCCGCCUGGAUGACCAACGUUGGCAACGAGUACGGGCAGGUGCUCGUGUCCGUUCUCACCUCGGCCGAGGGGGAGGGACUUACCAACAUGGCGGUCGGCCUCAUGCGGCGGUACCGCGAAGCCGGGAAGGCCCCUCCGAGGGUCCUGUAUGUGGACCGGGACUGCUGUGCCGCCGUGGGCAAUUCUGCCACGCACGGCAUGUACCACGAGUGGCAAGAGCUGGUGGUGCGGCUGGACGUGUGGCACCUCAUGCGGCGCUUCGCGAGGGGCGUCACCACCGACAGCCACCAGCUCUACGGCCUCUUCAUGGCCAGGCUGUCCUUCGCCAUCUUUGAGUGGGACGGCGAGGACGUGCGGCGCCUGAAGGAGGCCAAGCAGUCCUCGGAGGGGAGGGACGCCCAGGUCACGCUGUCCGCCAAGGAGCUGGCUCGCCACUGUCGCCGCCGUACGAGGGGUGCGGCGGAGACGGAGCGGCUCAUCCAGGAGGUGCUGGACGCCUUCUGGCAUGUGACGGACACCAUGGGCGUCGCUUUGAUCGACCGCGCCCGCAUGGAGGACAUCUGGGGCACGCAGCGCCGCCACCUCGACUGCGUCCAGGACCCAGAGGGGGUGGAGCUGUACACCAAGACGGGAGAGAUCACCAAGGGUGGUGUGAGGCUCCCCGUCUUCCGGUGCGCUCGCGGCUCCACCUCCCUCGAGUCCUUCCACCUGCACCAGUGCCGCUUCGUUCCGGGUACCACCUCGAGUGAUGUUCACUAUCAGGUGUACCUGCUGGAGGGCCUGGCUCGGUGGAACGAGGACCGCGGCAGGGCGGCAGUCGAGGGAGGACCGCGAGCGGCGCUGCGGUGCUACAGCGCCCGGCUGCAGCACAGCUUCAACGAGCUGGCCUCUGAGGUCAACGGGGUCCAGCCGGUCGACGACUUCACCCAGCCCAGAGAGUACACAGGGGAACUCUUAGGGGUGGAGUACUUGUACUCCCAGUCGGGCGCUGUGCUGCAGCCGGAUCCCGAACCUCUGGAUGGGGCAGAGGAGGAGGAAGAGGCCGCCGCCGAUGACGGCUUCGAGGAGGAGGAGGAGCACCCGGAGGAGGAGCCAGAGGAGAUCCGUCUCCUGGCACACCACAGCGCCCUGCUCCAGGAGCCCUGCGGUGUGCUCCAGGUCGAUGCCACCUUGGGAUCGCCCCUUUCCGAGGUGGAGGAGGAGAUGGAGAUGGAGGAGGAGGAGGAAGACGUCGUCGGGCCGGACGGUCAGCCCGGGUACCACCACGCGGUGGCCCUGGCCCACGGCCUCGUGGAGCUGCGUCACCACGCCUUCGUCACCGCCCGUCAGACCAGAGGCAUCAUCGCUCUCUGGGAGAGGCUGACGGAGCGGGACAAGGUGCCGGUGACCUUCACCCCCCGCCACCAGGACCGGCUGGCUAAAGGACGGUUCAAGACCAGCAACCGCCACGCCCACAUCCCGGGAGUGGACAGUGUGAAGCGUGUCGUCGUGGGUAAGGGUGCGGGAGCGGCACAGUACCCAAGCCUCAGCAGGGUCGUCGAGGCCAUCAUGUUGGAGCUGUGCCGCGUCCACAGCGGCGACGCCAAGACCAUCGCCGGGGCACGCCUCAACCGCUGGGGUGCCGUCAUGAGGGAUUACAAAUUGAUCCAGGACAACGUGGUCAACUGUCCUGCCCUCAUGGCGAGCACCCGCAUCAUGCUGUAUGACGUGAACCAGCGGACCCUGUCCAUGUGGCAAAACACCAGGGAAAAAAACAAGAUGAGGGACACCCUCUCCCUCGCAGUCCCAGGGCCCAGCGCUCCCCAGACUGCAGCGGAGCCCCUGUCGGCCCCACGGACUCUGCUGCAGCAGCCCCAGCAGCCAGACCAGCCCCUCCAGCACCACCUGCCCGCGGAUGCCUCUGGUCUGGCUGCAACAAUCAGAGGGCCGCUGGCCCCGGAGCUCUACGACCUCAUGGUGAAGCAGCAGAGUGCCGCCGCCACCGCCACCGCCACCGCCCCCCCGGACCUCAGCCCGCUCUCAGCCGCGGCCACCGCUCCAGCCAUUGCCGUCGCCAUUGCUGGAGCCAUGCCCCGCACCACUGCCUGGAGGCACAGGGUCCUGGAGGAGAAGGAGCGUCGUGCCCGGGAGCUAGGGGUCUACCUCAAGCCCCCUAAAAAGGUCUCCUCCUUUACCUGCAAGCGCUGUGGCCAGCACAAGACCAGGGAGAACGGCCACAGCCGCUACAAGCGGGAGACCUUUUGCGCCCGGGCCGACGGGGGAACGGUGGAGCAGUGGCGCCGAGAUCGGAUGACUGAUCAAGCCAAGACAAAAGAUCAGACAGGGCAGCUGGCCUCGGGAAAGUCUCCCGUGUGCAGGUGA